UUUUAUUCUUCCGCGUAUGUAGUUGACAUGUACGGUAUGCGUGUUGCAUGUAUUGUACAGUACGUUUGGCAUAAACUUUCUACUUUCAUUCGUAUUAAUUUUUCAGUGCAAGUGAGCAAGUGACAGAGAGUCACAAAUGCCAAAUUCGUUCAAUUUUUUUCGGUCCAUAGUUAUUUAUCUUCUUUCUGUUUUAAAUCGCCAUGAUUCAUAACGAGAAUAAUAUAUUUUAUUUUCAUGCUGAGCGGCCUGAUUGUGAGCAGAUCCGCACUCUGUUUGUUGCUCCCCAAGCUGUAUGCGAGUACAACUUUGCACCUAUCUGUAUCUGUAUGUCAGGAAUUUCUACAGCGACGUUAUUGACAACCUCUACUCUAGCUGUUCGCUGAUGGUAUCGAAAUCCAAUGCAUUAUGCAUCCAGUCCCGCAAUACACGAAAUUCCUCGGGUAUUAUCCCAGACUCAGAUAAUCUGAGCCCGGCCAUGCGAUUCUUCUGGCGGAGAUGCGCUGCCGUCUGCGAAGUUCCUGUCUACUCGUCGGCGCGCUCAUCACCGUUUGGGUGACUCUAUCCCUUUUGAUCUUUCGCCAUUCCCUGUAUGGCUCCAGUCCGGAGACGGUGGAGAAUAUAUCCGACGUAGUGAAGGACAUUGAGUCUUCCCCCGCCACCUCCACAACGCCUUUGAGUACGACUACAACGCUGCCACGCUUUGAUACAUACGUGCCUUUGGUUGUGAUCCUCUCGGGACCAGGAAAGGUGGCCGUGUUGUUGAGCGGAAUGACGAGUUGUUUGAAGAGCGUUAUUGAGAGCACCAACGCUCCGAUCAAUGUGAUUCUCGUGUGCGAGAGAAAAGUCUUCGAGCUGGCCGAAGCAGCGAUUAAACGAAAUGUCACCAGCGAUAGAGCGAAAUUACGGAUGUCCUAUCUGAACAUGGACGAUGCAUUUUCUAUGGGAAAAGAGACCAUGUCCUCGUUAAAGGAACAAUUUGGAGCUAAGGGCGUCAAUUUCCCAUCCUCAGCGGAAUUCCUCCCGUUAGUCAUGGAUCAGAUCCUGCCGUUGCAUCGCCGUGCCAUUCUGAUCAAUACCAACACCGUGUUCGAUUGGGAUGUGCGGGAGUUGCUCGAUAAAUCAUUCCAUCUUCCGGAUUCGCGACUGAUCGGUGUGGUGCGCGAUACAGUGGCUCUUCCGUCCGGGAAUGCUACCGGCUUCACGAAACCAAAGAGUUUGUACAGUUUUCAGGCGGUGUUUUUCGAUAUGGACCGCAUGCGUCACAGUGUAACAUGGCCCGAGGCCAUGAUGGCCAAGAGUGUCGCCAAUCUCCUCCACAAGUAUUUUCAUGCUUCCCGAGCCAAAGAUGUGAGUUUUGGUGAUAUGUUGUUCAUUUUGAGUUUUGAGCAUCCGGAGUGGUUUUAUUUUCUGGCCUGUGGUAGCUAUGGGCACGGCUGUUUUAUAGAAAGUAGCAUGUUUCGGGAGGAAGAUUUUCUGUGACAUUGUUGUAAAUGCUGUGUUGUUGCCAGUUGGAAAGUGGCAUUUGCAGUGGAAUUUGGUUUUUAUGGUUAGUUGUGAACUCUUUAAGUAGUAUCGUUGUUAUUCUUAUUGUACAGCAGGCUUGUGGGCAGUUUUGAUCGUAUAAUGAAGCGACAAAAAUAAAACUCCU